GCAUGGUUUGGCACAGUUCAGCACAGUUUGGGGUGGCUCAGCACAGCUCAGCACUGCAUGGCAUCAUUAGGCAAGGUUUGGCUUGGCACAGCUUGGCACGGCUCAGCACAGUUUGGCACAUUUUGUCAAGGUUUGGCACAGUUUUGCAUGGCUUGGCAUGAUAUAGCUCAGCACAGCUCAGCUCUUCUUGGCAUGGUACAGCUUGGCACAGUUUGACACAGCACAUUUUGGCACAACUCAGCACAGACCCGGCCUCUCCCUACCAUUUCCUUACUCCUGAUCCCACUCCUUGCCCUGCUGCACUCUGUUCCCACCCCAUGCCAUCCCUGUCCCACAUUCCAGCCUAUCCCUUUGCUAUCCCACUCCCCCAACCUCAUCAAUACAUUCUGGUCCCACCCUGUCCCACUACAUCUCCACUUCCUGCACCUGCUCCCUCCCUACAGGCCCCACACCCUCUCCCCAGCUGCAGCAGGACCCUUAUCCCACCCAGCUGAGAGCCCUUAAAAGCACAGGGUGGAGAUAGGGCUGUGUUGGUUGGGAUGGCUUCUGGGGAGCAGAGGAGACAGGAGGAGCGACGCAGGCGCAGGGCUCAGCAGCAGGAGCUGCAGGUGGCAGAGAGCCUGGGCAAGCACCCACUGCAAAACAGGUGGGCCCUGUGGUUCUUCAAGAAUGACAAGAGCAAGAUGUGGCAGGCCAACCUGCGCCUGGUCACCAAGUUCAGCACAGUGGAGGACUUCUGGGCGCUGUACACUCACAUCCAGCUGGCCAGCAAGCUGACAUCAGGCUGUGACUAUUCCCUCUUUAAGGAUGGCAUCGAGCCCAUGUGGGAGGACAGCCAGAACAAGCGUGGUGGGCGAUGGCUCAUCACCCUCGCUAAGCAGCAGAGGCACACGGAGCUGGAUCGCUUCUGGCUGGAGACGCUCCUGUGCCUCAUCGGGGAGAUGUUCGAUGAGUACAGCGAUGAAGUGUGCGGGGCCGUCAUCAACAUCCGUGCCAAGGGAGACAAGAUCGCCAUCUGGACCCGGGAGGCGGAGAACCGAGAGGGGGUCACUCACAUCGGGCGUAUCUACAAGGAGCACCUGGGGCUGUCGCAGAAGGUGGCCAUCGGGUACCAGGCUCACGCGGACACGGCCACCAAGAGCGGAUCCCUCACUAAGAACAAGUUUGUGGUGUGAGCAUGGAGGGAGCGGGACCCCAUUGCCCGACCCCUCAAUAAAUGGCUGCAGCUUA